CUCCGUGUGCCGAUGGGGGCGGGGAGAAGCCCGCAGGGGCCCGGACAAAAGCCGGAUCCCGGGCGUCUGCUGGAGGCUGGAGCGCUCCGGGCAUUGGGCGGUGAGGCGGGGCCUGCGGAGGGAGCGCCGCGCACGGACUUUCGCAGCGAGCUCCUCUUCCCCCAACAGGUAGAGCGGGUCCCUCUGCAGCCAUGUCGGCAAAGGCGAUUUCAGAGCAGACAGGCAAAGAACUCCUUUACAAGUACAUCUGCACCACCUCGGCCAUCCAGAACCGGUUCAAGUAUGCCCGGGUCACCCCUGACACAGACUGGGCCCGCCUGCUGCAGGACCACCCUUGGCUGCUCAGCCAGAGUUUGGUAGUCAAGCCAGACCAGCUGAUCAAACGGCGUGGAAAGCUCGGCCUAGUGGGAGUCAACCUCACACUCGAAGGCGUUAAGUCCUGGCUGAAACCACGGCUGGGACAGGAGGCCACCGUUGGCAAGGCCCGAGGCUUCCUCAAGAACUUUCUGAUUGAACCCUUCGUUCCCCACAGUCAGGCGGAGGAGUUCUAUGUCUGCAUCUACGCUACCCGAGAAGGGGACUAUGUUCUGUUCCACCAUGAAGGUGGGGUGGACGUGGGCGACGUGGAUGCCAAAGCCCAGAAAUUGCUCGUUGGUGUGGACAAGAAACUGAAUCCCGAGGACAUCAAGAAACACCUGCUGGUCCAUGCUCCUGGCGACAAGAAAGAGAUUCUGGCCAGUUUUAUCUCUGGCCUCUUCAAUUUCUAUGAAGAUCUGUACUUCACCUACCUCGAGGUCAACCCCCUUGUUGUGACCAAAGAUGGCGUCUAUGUCCUUGACUUGGCGGCUAAGAUAGAUGCCACGGCUGACUACAUCUGCAAAGUGAAAUGGGGUGAUAUAGAGUUCCCUCCUCCCUUUGGGCGGGAGGCUUAUCCAGAGGAAGCUUAUAUUGCAGACCUGGAUGCCAAAAGUGGGGCGAGUCUGAAGCUGACCUUGCUGAACCCCAAGGGGAGGAUCUGGACCAUGGUGGCCGGAGGUGGCGCCUCUGUAGUGUACAGUGAUACCAUCUGUGACUUAGGGGGUGUCAACGAGCUGGCAAACUACGGGGAGUACUCAGGUGCCCCCAGCGAACAGCAGACCUAUGACUACGCCAAGACAAUCCUUUCCCUCAUGACCCGGGAGAAGCACCCAGACGGCAAGAUCCUCAUCAUCGGAGGCAGCAUUGCAAACUUCACCAAUGUGGCCGCCACGUUCAAGGGCAUCGUGAGAGCGAUUCGAGAUUACCAGGGGCCCCUGAAAGAGCAUGAGGUCACCAUCUUUGUCCGAAGAGGUGGCCCCAACUAUCAAGAGGGCUUGCGGGUGAUGGGAGAAGUCGGGAAGACCACUGGGAUCCCUAUCCAUGUCUUUGGCACUGAAACUCAUAUGACAGCCAUUGUGGGCAUGGCUCUGGGUCACCGGCCCAUCCCCAACCAGCCACCCACAGCAGCCCACACUGCAAAUUUCCUCCUCAAUGCCAGUGGGAGUACAUCGACUCCAGCCCCCAGCAGGACAGCCUCUUUUUCUGAGUCCAGGGCUGAUGAGGUGGCACCCGCAAAGAAGGCCAAGCCUGCCAUGCCACAAGAUUCAGUCCCAAGUCCAAGAUCCCUGCAAGGAAAGAGUGCCACCCUCUUCAGCCGCCACACCAAGGCCAUCGUGUGGGGCAUGCAGACCCGGGCCGUACAGGGCAUGCUGGACUUUGACUACGUCUGCUCCCGAGAUGAGCCUUCAGUGGCUGCCAUGGUGUACCCUUUCACUGGGGACCACAAGCAGAAGUUUUAUUGGGGUCACAAGGAGAUCCUGAUCCCUGUCUUCAAGAACAUGGCUGAUGCCAUGAAGAAACACCCAGAAGUAGAUGUGCUGAUCAACUUUGCCUCUCUCCGCUCAGCCUAUGAUAGUACCAUUGAGACCAUGAAUUAUGCGCAGAUCCGGACCAUCGCCAUCAUAGCUGAAGGCAUCCCUGAGGCCCUCACAAGGAAGUUGAUCAAGAAGGCAGACCAGAAGGGAGUGACCAUCAUCGGACCUGCCACCGUUGGAGGCAUCAAGCCUGGGUGCUUUAAGAUUGGAAAUACAGGCGGGAUGCUGGACAACAUCCUGGCCUCCAAGCUGUACCGCCCUGGCAGCGUGGCCUACGUCUCGCGUUCUGGGGGCAUGUCCAAUGAGCUCAACAAUAUCAUCUCUCGGACCACAGAUGGCGUCUAUGAGGGUGUGGCCAUUGGCGGGGACAGGUACCCCGGCUCAACAUUUAUGGAUCAUGUGUUACGUUACCAGGAUACUCCAGGAGUAAAAAUGAUUGUGGUUCUUGGAGAGAUAGGGGGCACUGAGGAAUAUAAGAUCUGCCGGGGCAUCAAGGAGGGCCGUAUCACCAAGCCCGUGGUCUGCUGGUGCAUCGGGACCUGUGCCACCAUGUUCUCCUCCGAGGUCCAGUUUGGCCAUGCUGGAGCUUGCGCCAACCAGGCUUCUGAAACCGCAGUAGCCAAGAAUCAGGCUUUGAAGGAGGCAGGAGUGUAUGUGCCCCCGAGCUUCGAUGAACUUGGAGAAAUCAUCCAGUCUGUGUAUGAAGAUCUUGUGGCCAAAGGAGUCAUUGUACCUGCUCAGGAGGUACCGCCUCCAACUGUGCCAAUGGAUUACUCCUGGGCCAGGGAGCUGGGCUUGAUCCGCAAACCUGCCUCAUUCAUGACCAGCAUCUGUGAUGAGCGAGGACAGGAGCUCAUCUACGCAGGCAUGCCCAUCACUGAGGUCUUCAAGGAAGAGAUGGGCAUUGGUGGGGUCCUUGGCCUCCUGUGGUUCCAGAGAAGGUUACCCAAAUAUGCCUGCCAGUUCGUCGAGAUGUGCCUGAUGGUGACUGCAGAUCAUGGGCCGGCCGUAUCUGGGGCUCACAACACCAUUAUCUGUGCUCGGGCUGGAAAGGACCUGGUUUCCAGCCUUACCUCGGGGCUGCUCACUAUUGGGGACCGGUUUGGGGGUGCCCUGGAUGCAGCUGCCAAGAUGUUCAGCAAAGCCUUUGACAGUGGUAUUAUCCCCAUGGAGUUCGUGAACAAGAUGAAGAAGGAAGGAAAGCUGAUCAUGGGCAUCGGGCACCGAGUGAAGUCGAUAAACAACCCAGACAUGCGGGUGCAGAUCCUCAAAGAUUACGUCAAACAGCACUUCCCUGCCACCCCCUUGCUUGACUAUGCACUGGAAGUUGAGAAGAUUACCACCUCAAAGAAACCAAAUCUUAUCCUGAACGUAGACGGUUUCAUCGGAGUUGCAUUUGUUGACAUGCUUAGAAACUGUGGGUCUUUUACCCGGGAGGAAGCUGAUGAAUAUAUUGACAUUGGAGCUCUCAAUGGCAUCUUUGUGCUGGGAAGGAGUAUGGGCUUCAUCGGACACUAUCUCGAUCAGAAGAGGCUGAAGCAGGGGCUUUAUCGUCACCCUUGGGAUGAUAUUUCAUAUGUUCUUCCGGAACAUAUGAGCAUGUAACUGAGCCAGGAACCCUAUUGCAGUAAAGUGAAGACAAGAACUCCUCCCCUGGGAAACUGCGUACAGACAGCCGGCACUGGAGCUUGCUAUAGGAUGGGCCUGGAAUGUAAACAGCUAUUGAUGUCCAGGCACCGAAGACAGCCACAGGCUAACACUGGUCAGUCCACACAAAGAAGCUUAGUAUUUUUUUUUUUGUAAGCAUAGAAUAAAAACCAAGCCAAGCCAAUAAAUUGUGACAUUUGCUCUGGUACCUGCUGUAUUUAUUAUAUGGAAGCAUCUAAGCACUGUAAGGAUAGUGUUUUUCCUUGUUGUAGGAUAUUAGGAUGUUGCUUUCUUCUUUCUAUUAGUUAAAAAAAAAAAAUUUUCCCUCAGAGGAAGGGAAUGAAACUUUUAAGACCUCAAGACACUAUCAAUUGAAAACAUCCCUAAUGUCUUACUUUUCCACUUCUCUUUCUUCCUCCUAUAAACUGAAGAGUGUUGUGUUAAACUGAUUUUUAAAGAUCUGUUGAUGUGUUAUGUGUUAAGGGUUUGUUUGGUAUCUCACCGAAAUGUUCUAUGUUGCAGACCAAACUCUCCUUAUGUCAGGGGGAUGGGACCAUUGCAUCCUUAGCCAUUGUCACAAAAUACAUGGAAUAGUAAUUUAAAAUGUAAAGUUGUAACAUACAUAUGUUUAAAACAAACGCAAAGCGAAAAGCUGUGAAAUGUCUCGUGUCUUUCAUUCUCCGUAUUUAUGCAACUGAUUUAUCAGUCUGUUACUGAAGUGUGGGUUCAACGAUUUGUCUCCAGCCACUUUGCAUCUGUAAUCCACCAAGAUUCUGGGAGCUGCCACCUCAGUCUCUUUUCUGUAUUAUCAGUUUGGUUUCAAUAAACUAUCUAGUAACAAGA